AUGCAACCAUUUCAAGCGCUCUACCGGCUAUUUAUCGGCCCAGCUCGGCGCUCAUUCAGCACCGGAUCAGAUAAAAUGACGCUCGAGAAGGCCUACGUCGGCAUGCAGUGCUUCUGGGGAGUCGAAUCGUCGUUCGCCAAAAUCAAGGGAGUCCGCAAGACGCGCGUUGGCUAUGCCGGCGGGACAACCGUGAAUCCGACCUACAGAAACAUUGGUGACCACACAGAAAUUACUGAAGUCCAAUUCGACCCGGCCGUCGUCAGCUACCGCGAGAUUCUCGCUCACUUCUGGACCAAGCACGACCCCACCAAGAAGGAGCCGAAGCAGUACAAGAGCGCCAUCCUCUACGUCAACGAUGAUCAGAAGGCCAUCGCCGAGGAAACGAGCAAGGAGGUUGAGGAGCUGAAGCGAAAGCCCCUCGACACGUAUAUCCAGAAGUUCGACAAGUUCUACCAGGCCGAGAACUACCAUCAAAAGUACUGGCUGCGUGGUCGAGGCGGCGUGAUUCACGAGCUCGGCCUGACGGACGAGGAGCUGGUCGACUCCUACCUGGCGACGAAGCUCAAUGCGUAUUUGGCGGGUUACAAGGAUUUCUCCGAGCUCGACGCCUUGGCCAAGGAGCACAACAUCCCCACCGAGCUGGUCGAGAGCAUCCGAAGAAUCGCCAACGAGGGCGGCGACCCCCGAAACUGCCAUGCG